AUGGCUUCAGGAGAAUCCCGUGCAAAUGAUAUUUUCAACAACCCGAAUAUCAAAUCCAUCUAUCGCGCGGCUUCUCGGGUGACUGGACCGUACGCUAAAGCUCUGGUCCAGCAAUCUGGAAUUGUCAAAGCGUUGUCUGCAGGCAAUCGUCAGCUAAGUGUCUUGGACCAGGCUUGUGGAACAGGCGUUGUGGCAGAGGCCUUGCACGGCGAAUUUGCAGCAGCCGGCACCACGGAGAGCAACUGGAAUCUAAAAUGCACGGACUCAGGACAGGCAAUGCUUGAUGCCAUGGACGAUCUCGUCAAAGAAAAGGGAUGGCAGAAUGUCGAAACUGCCAAGUCUGAUAUCCUGAACAAUGGGCUGGAAAGUGACGUAUAUGACUAUGCCUUCCAGUCUUUCGUUUUUAUGGCAUUACCAGAUUCUAGUGCUGCUCUAGAUGAAACCAUACGUAUAGUGAAACCUGGUGGAACAAUUGCGAUUAAUACGUGGAGAAAAAUGGGAUGGAUGGAGGACGUCAACCUCACUACCGCAACGCAGUUCCCAGAUCUCCCUCAAGUCACCUAUAAUCAGUUUGGCCGUCUGAUGGGCGACGGUCAAUGGGACAAUCCGACCUGGAUUGAGAACAAACUGCGUGAGAAAAAAUUGGACAACAUUCAAGUGAAUCCAGUCGAAAUAACCGCAGCCAUGGGGACUCCCGAAGAGGUCGCUGAAUCGAGCGUGUUUCCAAUGAAGUUCAUUAUGGGCAAGCUUUGGAACGACGAGCAACGAGAAAAAUACUCAACUCGGUUUUUCCCUGCGUACGUGGACCAGAUGAUUAACAAGUAUGGCAAGGAUGGAAUUGUGUCCGCGGACUGGGAGGCAAUUAUACACUCAUAUUCAAAACUUGAAAUGACACGAGACAAAGCAGUGAUGGCCGUGAGUAACGGCGAAGAUGCGCCAAAAGGAAACCGCAAAAACCCCUCAAAUGGUCUCGAAUCCAACGGCAUCCGACGACGUCUAAAUCAAAUCGACAAAGUCCGCGCGAGAGGCAUCGGUGAGCACAUUGCACUACCUCAACUGCUGCCGGAAGUGAUCCAGGAGGUUUCCAAGUUGAUGGGCGUCGAAGGUCCAUCGUUUGCAGCAGAUGUGUUACGGAUAGAAGUAAAUGGGCCCACGGACCUCCAUUUGACAGUCGUUGACUUACCAGGUCUCAUAUCUGGAUCCGAUGAUAAUCAAAUAGUGGAGUCGCUCGUCGACGCCUACCUCGAAAGCACACGCACGAUCAUCCUCACUGUGGUCCCCGCCUCAAGCGACAUUGAGACUCAGCCAAUCAUGAGGAAAGCUCGCUAUUUUGACACAGAAGGAGAGAGGACAGUGGGAAUAAUCACCAAGCCUGAUUUAAUCAACAAGGGAACCGAGGGGAGAGUAGCCUUACUUGCUAGAAAUCAGGGCGCGACACAGUUGAAGCUCGGUUUUUUCCUUUUGAAGAAUCCGACUCCUCAGGAGCUUGCUGAAGGUAUAACCCCAGAGACAAGACAGCAGAAAGAGGUCCAAUAUUUCAAGGAACGUAUCUGGCGCGAUCAUGGGUUGAACUUUGAUCGUGUGGGAAUAAACUCCCUACGAGGUUUCCUUCAGUCGCUGCUUGAACGACAUAUAGAAAAGGCACUUCCAAGUGUCCGCUCGGAAAUAUCUAUCCUCUUGGAUAGAACUCAGAGGCGCCUGGAUGAACUUGGAGACGAGAGGCCUGAGAUCUCAGACCAGAGACUGUUUCUCUCUAAUCUCGGUAUGAAUUUCAGACUGCUUGUCCAAUCAGCCGUCGACGGAACAUACCAGACAAGUGCCGUAGCCGGGGACUUUUUCAGACACGACGGAGAGCACAUCCAUAAUCGGUUAAGGGCAGAGAUCCAUAUUGUCAACGAAAGAUUUUCGAAUUUCAUGAGGGAAAACGCAAUUAAGUACACUACAGAGUGGUGGGGUAAACUAGACAAACCACAAUCAAACGAUUAUGAUACAUCUCAUCCGCGAUACAUGACAGAAGAAGCAUAUAUGGAAUUUACCAAAGUACUAGAGGGCAAGAACUCCCUGGGUGCUACAACCAUACGCUUCUUGCUGGGCUCUUUCAUGAACAGUCAAGUCGGUGGAAAGACAUUGAUCAUGGAACCUCGCGUGCAGGAUGAAGUGAAACAGAUCAUUCUUUCAAUACUAAAGAAUAACAUUGCUGCAGCAAUGGAGGAGCUGCGAAAAAUAUGCGAGGACGAAAAAUUCCAACCUCUUACAUAUAAUCACUACUUUACCGACAACAUACAAAAAGAUCGUCUACAAGACGUUCGAGAAUACAUUGAAAAAGCACGUCUUGAUGAUAACCCCUGUCAAGAUCAGUCAAAUCUCAAACAGAAGCUCACAGGUCACGUGGCUGAAGUUGAUAUGCGAAAACAAGCUUGUAAAGAAGCCCAGUCUGCAUUGAAUGCUUACUACAACGUUGCUAGGAAAACAUUUGUUGAUAAUGUCUGUCGCCAGGUCAUUGAACGCCAUAUCGUCAGGAGACUUCCCUCGAUCUUCGAUCCAACCGUCGUUCUCAAGAUGUCAGACGAAGAAGUCCAGCGAAUCGCCGCCGAGCCGACUGACAAGCUAGAGAGACGAAAGGAGUUAACUGCCCUUGUUGAUGCUCUGCAGCAGAGUUUGAUUGACCUCCGAUAA